GGGUGUCACAGAAUGGGAGGGAGUGUCCAAAACGCAGAGCAAUGAGGCAACACAAGAAGGAUAUGCACGUAAUCGUAGUGGAAAAUGGAGCAUGGUCCAAUUAAAUCUCAGGGAGUGGGAGACAAUUAGCUACGAAUCCUUAAUUCUAUUACGGGAUUAAUAAUUAAUAAGUUUUGUUUCUAAAAGAUUUAUCAAUUGAAAACAAGAGUAUUGUUAAUCUUUGCAAAUUAAAAUCUCAAUUGAAAGGAAGCACAAAAAUACAAUACCAUUCCGCAUAACAGGCAAGACCCAUCUCGCUUUGAGUUUAGUGUAAUUCUCCUUCUGGGUUGCAUGCUUUAUUAUGAGAAAGGAAGAAAAGAAAUCAUCUGAAGUUACAAAGACGAUUCAAGCUUGAAAGAUUUGAAAGAAAAAUGAAGUUCGAAGAGGGAAGUGCAGUGGAGGUGUUAAGAAGAGAAAAAGAUCCAUAUGGGUCAUGGUUCUGUGGUAAUAUAAUUGCAGAAGAUGGUGAUUACUACAUUGUCAGGUAUGAGUUACUCAUGGACGAUGGAGGAGAGCCUGUCAUUGAAAGGGUUCACGAAGAAGAAAUCAGGCCUCAGCCUCCACAUCAUCAGGAGCAAAAAUGGACCAUUGGUGAUAUAGCUGAAGCAUUUGAUAAGCAAUGUUGGAGGCUUGGGAAGGUAGCAAAAGUGUUGAAGAAUAACCGCUUGGUUAUCAAAUUUUUUGGGUCAAUCCAACUUAAGGAAUUUCAUGCAUCUGAUCUAAGGAUUCGGCAAGCUUGGCAUGAGAAUAACUGGUCUAUGUUUGUAAAGGUCCCAAAAAAUAAGCAGGAAGCCAAAAACUGUAGACUGAAUACUCUAGAGCAAUCAGGGAGCUUGGAAUGCAAUGCUCAAGCACUGGUAAAGCGUGAAGAAACUUGCUCAAGAGAGCAAAAGAGGCAGAAAGUUCUUAAGAAGGGCAUGCAUAAUCGUCUCGGAUUUUCCAAUUAUUUAAGGAACAUGAAAAAGGGUCGUGCCUGUCAUCCUGAAUCAUCCUCCAAGGACCUGGUUUUGGAAAGAAGCUUCAAGAAAAGAACAACAAUACCAGAUAAAGGAAACACUACUCCUCCGGUCGAAGUGGAAAAAGAAAUGGUAAACAAAUCUACUGAUAUAGGUACCGUGAUCCAAAAAAGAAGAAACUUGUGGAUGGAUAAUUCUUUUCAGCCUCAGUAUACUGAGGAUAGUUAUCAAUGCUCCGUUGCUAGUUGUAAUUUGAACCCGAUCGCUGAUGAUUGCUCCCGAAGUUCUGAUAAGAUUAUGGAAGUCAUAUGUCAUAGUUCUGAUGCUGAGUCAACAUUUCCAUCUUUAUCUAGCAAAAAACAUCCAUCCAUAUUUCCUCAAAAACUUAAUGUUGACAUUCAUGAACUAGAACUUCAAGCUUACAAGUCAACUGUGCAGGCACUUCAUGCUUCAGGUCCCUUGAGUUGGGAACAAGAAUCCAUGCUGACAAAUCUCCGCCUUUCUCUUCAUAUUUCUAAUGAGGAACAUCUAUUUCAGCUAAGACACCUCUUGUCUGCUCAGGUUCUUUAAUCAUCUCCAUCACUACUUCUCCACCGUCCGCAAACCAAUCAAUAGUAUAGCUCACUCGUUGACAUAUUAUGGAAUCUGCUGAAGAUUCUAGUUACAUUCUCCUCUGAUGUAGACAACAUUCUGCUGCCUGUUUCCGUCGUGUAAAUUCAUGUAAAUUGGUCUAGAAGGAAUUCAGUUUUGUCUUUAUAAACUACGGCCAUGUCGAAAUACAUGCAAAGUCGGCCAUCGGUUUACGCCUUUUUGAAUUCCAUCCUGUUUCCUAAGUUAAAUACGAAAUGUCUUUUAAUAUGUUUCAUUCAGCUUUUCUUGA